AUGUGGCCAUUUACCAAUAGCAAUGUCAAAGAGACUACUAAAAUAACAGAUGAAUUACCAGACAAUUUGAAAGACUUUUUCAAAAAGACUGAUCUUGAUGCAAAAACUGAAUCUAUUUUUGAACCAAACGAGAAGGAUAAGAUUGUCGAUGCCAUCUUACAAGAACAUAAUAAAAGUGGAAAAUAUUCUCAUGAUUUAGAUAUGUAUAAGAGAACUGACUCUCCUAGAAAAGUAUUAUCUAUUAACUGUGCUGAAAUUCAAAAACAUGUAAUUGAUUGCUUGCGUGGGUGGACGUUGACUAAAACCACCUAUUGUCAGGAAGAAAUGAACAAUAACAGAGACUGCGUGGACAUACAAAGAAAUGCUCUAAAAAAUCUUUAUUACGACUCAUGUAUAGAUGUGACUCAAUGUAAUAAGAUUAGAUAUAUAAUUGACAAAUUAUUCAUUGAAAACUUUGGACAGUACGGAGAUAAUAUAAAUGAGGCUAGUAGGAUCAAGUUUGACCGAGACAUCAACAAUGCAUUUUACAAGAUAUGGAAAUGA